UGCUGACGCUGCCUCCCGCGCAACAACCCCCGCGCGGGCUCUGCGGGGACCCCAAAAUUUUGGGGACGCCCCCCCCGGACUGCACACAUGCGGACCCUGCGGGGACCCUCCCGUGCCCCCCGGGGCGCUGCGCGGUGCUGGCGGACCCCGCGGGGCCCUUCGGGGGGUGUCACAGCGCUGUGCCCCCCCCGGGCGCACCUGGACACGUGCGAGCUCCAGGUGUGCGCGGGGGGGGACGGGGGGGGCGAUCCCUGCCCCGCAUUCCAGGGAUACGCGGCCGCGUGUCAAGCGGCGGGGGGGGAACUCCGAGAGUGGCGCGAGGAGACGGGAUGUCCCCUGCCGUGCCCUCCCCGCUCCCAGUACCAGCUCUGUGCCCGCACCUGUGACCGCACCUGCGCAGGUGUGUCGGCUCCGCCUCCCUGCAGCGGGCGGUGCUUCGAGGGCUGUCAGUGCUCUGAGGGGCUCCUUUUCGACGGCGCCCGCUGCGUCCCCCCGGGGAACUGCGGCUGCUUCCACCAAGGGCGAUACUUCCAGAUCGCCCAGACCAUCCUGACCCGGGACUGCUCCCAGUCCUGCACGUGCCGUGGCCCAGGGGGGCUCCAGUGCCGCCCCUUCUCCUGCCCCCUGGGCCACACCUGUGACCUCUUGAAUGGCACCCGGACCUGUGUCCCCCGCCCGGGGCGGUGCCUCCUGUCCUCCCCCACCCACUUUGUCACCUUCGAUGGCCUCUCCGGGGCCACCCUGGCCACUGGCGUCUACGUGGUGGCCACCAUGUGUGACCUCCGGGCCCCCACCUGGUUCCGGCUGCUGGGGGUCAUUGGGGACAUCGGGGACCACCCAGGGGUAGUGGGCCUUCACCUCUUCACCCACCAGGGGCUCAUCACCGCCCACACGGACAGCAGGGUCUGGCUCAACGGAGUCCCCACCACCCUCCCCGCGGAGCUCUCGGGGAAGUUGAACAUCACAGAGUCAGGCGGGACCCUCCGGAUCAGGUGGAUCCCAGGAUUCCAGGUGGAACUGGGAGCCCAGGGGGUUGCCCUGGAGGUGACAGAGGACACUCGGGGGACCCUCUGUGGCCUCUGCGGGGACUACGACGGGGCCACAACCAAUGACCUGCGGGGCCCGGACGGGACACUGACAGGGGACACGAGGGAGCUGGCACAGGCCUGGAGGGCUCCUGACUUCAGCCAGUGAUGCGGAAAAUCGACUUUUCGCCGCUGCCAUGACCCGAAACCGCCCCGGAGACGGAACAGCCGCGUUUCUAUAUCCCUCAAACCCGCCCUUCCCCUCCCCCCCCCAAAAAAGAAAUAAAAGUUGGGGAGAA